UUAGUCGUAAUUUGCCAACGGAUCGAAUAGGUUGUUGCCGAAUAAGAUGUCCCAACUGUGGAUUUUGUUUUGCCUGAUUAUCCUUGCGAUCCAGGCACAGAUGUCCGCUGCGAGAGGAGGUGGAGGUGGCGGCGGGGGAGGACAUGGUGGAGGCGGUCAUGCUGGAGGCUUCGGAGGAGGAGGACGAGGAGGCGGAUUCGGAGGAGGUAGAGGCGGCUUCGGACGAGGUGGCUUUGGAGGACGGGGGCCAGGAUUCGGUGGUGGCGGCUUCGGUGGACCGGGCCGCGGAGGCUUUAGAGGAGGACCUGGAGGUUACAGAGGCUACGGAGGAUAUGGCGGAUUCGCACGAUAUGGUGGGUACGCUGGAUACGCGGGAGUUCUUCCGGUGCCACUGCCCGUACCUUAUCCUGCUGCCUAUAACCGUUGCUACUACGAUAACUACUACUAUAAUUACUACUACUGCUGAUGGGAUACGGUUAUAGAUGGUUUAUUUAUACAAAUUACAAUCAACACGUUGCUUUAGUUACAAAGAUUAUGUAAAAUUACCCAGAAAUUGGGGUCUGUAGACAGUUCUCUAAAUAUUCCAUAUCUCAUUUGACUUAUUGUUUUGAUGGUCUCCGGUGUCUGGUUCCUGUUUGUCCACCCAGUGAUCAGUGUUCAGCGAUCUUUGUGGAGUGCUGCGAUGGCAGUGCUUACGGCUAGUCAAAAAUAUUCCCAUUAAAAUGCAAUCUACAUAUGCGCAUAUAUAUGUAUAAACUUAAUCUACAGACUAGAUAUGGAUACGAAACGUUGAUGAUGCGUUCGUUGUUGUGGCAGACUAUUCGAUCGAGAUCGAGAGAUCAGAGGGUAUAAGAAUAUCAAAAUAGUUUAUGUAUCGAUUAAAGAAAGUUAUGUGAGGAAGCAUCGAAUGAAAGACUUGGUAACGGAGCGAUCUCUUAAAGAUAUGGAGUUGUCAUCUAUACUAACUUAAUCACAAACCUGUUGCCCUCUGAUCUCACCUUGUGCGAAAAUACAAUUCAAUAUGCAUAAGAUCGUACGAAAGAUGGUGCAAGGUCGGUUAAAUUCAAGAGGGAUAGCCUAGGAAUGUCAUCUGUAUCCAUCCAAUUCAAAACUAUUUUGUAUGCCCUAAUAAAAUUCGGUAAUGCUGAGAUACACCAGCAUUAUCCGAUAUACUGAA